ACACGUGAUAAAGUUUAAUAACCGUAUUAUUUGUUGUUUUAGUGUUCGUGCGAGCGUGUGAAAAUGGCGACCAUGCGAAACCGUACCGUGUUAAAAAUUCAACAAAAUAUGAAUAUUUUAAACAAGCCAGUUGAGGAAAAAAACGUGGAAUUCUUAGCUAAUGAUUAUAGUAUUGGGAAUAUCAAUAUAUUUUCUCUAAUACAAAAGAAGAAAAAUAAUAUUUUGGACUACGUUUCAAAAUUAAUUUCAAAAAAUGGACAGCGAAAUUCGGCAGCUAUUAUAAAGCGAACAGACGAAAAUUCAAAGAUGUUUAUUAACUGCAAUAAGAGAAAGGCGUGUGGCACGACGGUGGGCUUUUUUGGUAUCGCAUUCAUCAUCAUUUUCUUACUUGUACCUGCUAUUUGGCGUUAUUCACCUUCAAUUCAAAAGAGGAUGAUAUUCCUGAAUCAUGACCAUAUGCCUAAGGUACAGAAUUAUAGUCACCCGGAAGUUUAUGGUUUGCGUGGAACGAGAAAUUUUUACAUUGAUACAAAAGACAAUGUAACAUUAGGAGUGUGGCAUAUAUUACCAAGUAAUUUGUUUGUAAAAUACGGAGCAAACGAAUCUAAUUACGAACAACUUUUGAGUCACGGGGAAUCGAUUAUCAUAUACAUGCAUGGCAACUCCGGUGCCCGCUCGAACAAUCAACGGAUAGAAUUGUAUCGCAAGCUCCGGGAUAUCAACUGUCACGUGAUAGCCGUAGACUAUAGAAGUUAUGCCGAUUCUACAGACGUCGAAAUCGACGAGACCGGCUUAGUAUCGGAUGCGAUGGAGACAUUUAAAUGGGUUUACGAACGCGCACAUGGAUCGCCAAUAUUUGGUUGGGGACACUCUUUGGGCACUGGAAUUGGAGCACAUGCGUUUUCGUUAUUGGAAAAAGAAAACAUCUAUCCUCAUGGACUUAUUUUAGAAGCUCCAUUCAAUAAAAUGAGUGAAGCAAUUAGAGAAUAUUCAACUACAAAGGUUCUUCGCUAUUUCCCUUGGUUUGAUUUUUUCAUUAUUGAUCCAGUUAUUGAAAAUGGAAUUGUUUUUGAUACAGAACAAAACUUAAAAAACGCGAAAGUCCCAGUGCUGAUAUUACAUGCUCGAGAUGAUAUUAUAAUACCAUACCAACUCAGUGAAAACUUGUAUAAUUACAUUAAAGCAAGUCGGAAAAGUGAACUGACUGAACUCAUUUUGUUUGACGCCUUGUAUGGCUUUGGUCAUCAGUUUAUUUGUCGGGAUAAUGGAAUCAAAAAAAAAAUUGAGAAAUUUAUACAGAACUGUCUAAAAACGACGUCUUGAUCGGUGGAAUUACAUAAGCUCGUCAAAAUUUCCAUCGUGUAAUACGUAUACAUAGUUAUUACAAUAUAAUAUAUAGUAUAUUAUUAUACGUUAUAAUACAAACGUCUCAGUUUUGUAUCGGAUUAUGGAGAUCAUGAGAUUAUUUAUUAUCUUUUUUGUAAAUUGUAUCGUUGUUAAAUAUUAUUUAUUGUAAAAUAUUUCAACAACGUAUUUUUUAAGAACUUUACUUUAACUAUCAUCCCAUACAUACCUAUUUAUUAUAUUAAUAUGUUAUGCUCAUUAUAGUCAAUAGUUGUAUUAUCAUAGUUGUUUUGUUCUUAAAAAUAUAUCGUGUUGAAUACA